UGUAUCAAAUAUAAUCUUGUUUUCGGUUUUUUCUUUUGUUGUUGUUUUUCUAACACUUCCACAUGUACACGCUGUAGAUCACUGAAGCGAUUAGCACGGCAUUGGAAAUUUGUACUAUGUUGAAUAACAUUGACUAUUUUAUACAGACUGCUACAGACUCAGAAUAUAUUUACUCUGUGAAAUAAAUAAUUUCGCAAACGAAACACUUAUAUGUUCCAAAGUGAUUUAGGGAUACAACGACGAAAUGGCAAUGUUAAACGAUAGUAGGAACGUAACAAUCUUGUUUAUUUACGAAAAAGAUGGACAGAGCUGGUCAAAUUAUUUAAAGAAUAUGUUUGAUAAACACUACGAUGUGAGUACAACUAUGGUACUCUCUACAAAUCUGACAGAAUGGAUGAUGACAGAGUAUUUAGUGAAAGUCAUUAUAUUAACGCCGUGCAUGGAACAUAAUAUUCAACCUCUUCUCAUAGCAAAUGAAUCCAAUGUCGGUUAUUUCAACAUUUUUCAUUGUAACGUCAGCCUUAUACACUGUCUUCAGUAUUUUGACUUCACCAUUUCAAACAUAGUAGAAUUGAAGUCAACGCCAGAAAACGUUCGUGAACUACUGCUGUGCGUCAUUCAAGAUUACGAAUAUUUUGCAAGCGAUCAAAAUGUUGAGGAUGAAGAGGAGUACUUGCACAUGGAUAAUCGAUUGAUAUGCAUUGAUGUCGUACCAGAGAUAUUAUACCCGGGCCAGUCGAUGAUUUAUAUCAUGUUAAACAAAGCUAUCGGUGAGAAGAUCCAUGUUAAAGUAAGUGAAAUUGAAGAAACAAUACCAGCCCAACAGGUGACCGCCAAUAUUUUCUCUGCUGAAAUGCCGGAAAGUCUCAGUGGGCGGAAGACACUCGGCAUUCAUCACGAAGGUAGUCCCGGAGCAAUAUUCACUGCAAUGCUGACAGUGGUAACCCCAGACUUAAUGAUGGACAACUUCUUGGAAAAUUUGUAUCUUCAUACAGAAAAAUACUCUUCGAGAGAUAGCACGAAUCUUAUCUCAAAAAACAGCUUCCUCAACAGUAAAAUUAAGUUGGGAACCAAGUUUAAUCCGUUCGGGAAUCUAGACAGCAAAACAAUGGGAAACUUUCUUGAAAACGUCACCAAAAUAUUAGGUCCCGCUAUAUUCGACAGAAAAUCUGAUCCUACGCUUGAAUCUAGAAGAAAAGUUUAUUCAAAGAACAAGAAAUGGCUGUCUGAACCAGAGAGAGACUCAAACGACGAAAAUGUGUAUAUAAACAGUCAACCAAGGAUAAGUGGCCGGUCUAACACAAUAGGUCGUGAGAAACCAGAAAAGAAACAAGCUGCAGACAGGCGCAAAUCAUCAGACGGUGCAUCAAACCUGGAAAAGCGUAAUUCUGAUGCAGAAAACAAAACUUUCAUGAAUAAAUUCAAAGGUCUCUUUAUCAAAAACAAAACACAUAAAAGGAAACGUAGUAGAAAAUCUCUACGGGUCCGGAAAGCACAGACGCAGACGUGUAACAACAUACCUCUUAUCCCCCAUUAAAUAUACUAAUUACUGUGAUACUUAUAUUCAUCGUUUCGGAUGAAUUAACCGACCAGAGCUAUCAUCACCAACUAUCUUCAUCAACACCGGAGAGGGCUUCAACAUAUUUCUGCCUCCUGCAAGAAAGAGUUGUCAAAUCCCGAACACUUUCAUUACAUUCUACCGUCUCAGAAAUUAAUGACACAUUGGAAGAAGUAGUCUUAGACAGGACUAAAAUGUAAGAGCAGUCAAGGUUUAAAGACGUUUGUCGCUUAAGGUUGUUUCUUGUUAAACAAAGAACAUCACCACGCUGCCUCCACCAUCACUACCAACACCACCACCAACAACAACAACAACAGCAUCACCACCACCACCAACAGCAUCACCACCACCACCACCACCACCACCACCACCAUCGCCACCAAAUACCAUCAGCAAUAGUGAGUCAACGGGGGUGUCUUUACGUGGUCUCCUGAUCUUCAAGAAAUAGCAGCGAAACUUUUUUGUCGAGAACAGCGGAAAGGUCUGAGAUGUACCAUCAAAAAUUAAAUGUCUAUCCUCAGAGAAAGCAAGUUUGAAAAGGAGAGGGGUCAUUUCCCGGGACAUGAAUUUCAGGGUGGUGGUGAAUCAUCGAUGAUUUGUUGAUGUAAAUGAUGGAUAGUUGAAAUAAAAUAAUGAAGACUAAUUGGCGGGACGGGAAAAAUGACAGAAGGGUUCAAAAUUAACUCGGGUAACAAGCUAUUUGUGAAAAAACAUAAAUAAA